UCAACUCACUUCCCAGCUGACAGCUCUGCUGAUUAUUGACAAUUAACCAAAUAGAUCCCACACUUUCCUCAAUUAACCCUGUGUAAUUCCAUUCCUAGAUUACCUUUCAUCGUGUUCCUCGCACCCACUGUUACCUGUUUUCCGUAAUCAAUUGGCCCUAGAUUUUCUCCGCCAAGAUUCCAUCCAUUGUGUCGAAAAAUUUACUUCUUUUUCGCUUCAAUUUUCUAUUUGAACUUGAUUUUCAUGAUCACCCAUGGAAAACAAGCUGAUUCCAGUUGGAAAUAGAGAUACAAAUAAAAGCUGUCAUUAAGCUAACAAUUGAAUCUUAAAUCCAAAGAAAUCUUUUCUAUUAAUUUCCACCAAACCCUUCUAGUUCAAUCAACCACCCCAUUUCUUCGAAGCCACUCUCCCCCAAUUAGCUUACAUUUUUUCUCUCUCUCAAGAAGUUGUGUUGACGGAGGGAGGGAAAAAUGAAGCAGCUGACGGCGUUGCAGCAGCAGGCCCGCCGGAGCAACAGUUUUCGAAGUGCAUCUUUGCCGUUGGACACCUCUGUGGAUGGUGCAAUAAAGUCUCCGGCCACAAUUUUUUGGCUAGUUCUUCAUGGUCUUUGCUGUCUCAUUAGUCUAGUCCUCGGGUUCCGAUUCUCCCGUCUGGUAUUCUUUCUCUUUUUCUCUACUUCCUCCCCUUCCGCCACUACUAAUCUCUACUCGGCCCUCCAUACAAGAUUGCCAUCAUCCAUCACUACUUCGCCACCAGCGGUGAAUGGUACAGCGGUUGCGGUUGACGGUGGGAGUCGAGUAGUGGUGGGCAGGCACGGGAUACUGAUACGUCCGUGGCCCCAUCCAGAUCCGGCGGAGGUGAUGAAGGCACACCACAUAAUCGAGAGGGUUCAGCGAGAGCAAAGGAUUCAAUACGGGGUUAAGAGCCCUAGGACUGUAAUUGCAAUAACGCCGACUUAUGUAAGGACCUUCCAGACGAUUCAUCUCACCGGUGUGAUGCACUCCUUGAUGAAUGUGCCAUAUGAUGUUGUCUGGAUCGUGGUGGAAGCUGGUGGAACCACUAACGAAACAGCUGCGCUAAUUUCCAAAUCUGGCCUCAAGACUGUCCACAUUGGGUUUAAUGCGAGAAUGCCAAUUUUAUGGGAGGACAGGCAUAAAAUGGAGUCUCAAAUGCGAUUUCACGCUCUACGAUAUGUUAGAGAGAAGGAAUUAGAUGGGAUAGUGGUGUUUGCAGAUGAAAGUAAUAUGCAUAGUAUGGAGUUAUUUGAUGAGAUCCAGAAUGUAGAAUGGAUUGGAGCGGUUCCAGUUGGGAUUCUUCCACACUCUGGUGGUUCUGAAGGAGUAGAAUUGUCAGCGGUGUCAAGAGAGGAUACUGACAAAAAUGAGAAUUCAGAAAUGCCAGUUCAGGGUCCAGCUUGUAAUUCUUCAAACCAGUUGGUGGGAUGGCAUACCUUUAAUAUGCUGCCAUUCAUGAAGAGGAGAGCAAGGUAUGUCGGUGACAGGGCUGUCGUUCUACCAAGGAAGCUGGAGUGGGCUGGGUUCAUUUUGAAUUCGAGGUUAGUGUGGAAGGAUGUUGAAGAUAAGCCCGCAUGGGUUAAGGAUUUGGAUAUGGUUGGUAGGGAAGGGGAGGACAUUGAGAGUCCAAUGUCUUUGUUGGAGAACCCUUCUGUGGUGGAGCCUCUCGGAAGCUGUGGAAGAAAAAUCAUGCUAUGGUGGCUCAGAGUUGAAGCACGUGCAGACAGCAAAUUCCCUGCCAGGUGGAUAAUUGACCCCCCAUUGGAUGUAACCGUCCCAGCAAAACACACGCCAUGGCCAGACGCCCCUCCUGAACUCCCUACUCCUGUUGUAAAAGUGAUCAGCAUCCCAGAGAACACAGAGAAACGUGUGGCCAAAAGAUCAAGAAAACGCAGUUCGCGGAGCAAAAGGAAGCGUGUACCCAAAGUAUUAGAGGAACAUGUUUCCACAAGGCAUUCUGGGGAUAACUAGAACCAUCUCAUGACUAUGAGCAAGCGUUCAACCUGAGAGUACUUUGAUGCCAAGACGACUAUUUUUAGUCGUGUAAAUAGAGGCAUAUGUUCCAUAUACCUAGCUGGUCGAUAAAUAUACGUCUUAAUUUUGCUCCAUCUAAUUUUCAGAUUGUCUUUUCAGUACGCUGGUGUUGUGGUAGAGUUUCACUACGACCUAGCCCUGUUGCAGCUGCUGGUUGGCUGAAACAUGUAUUCACUGUCAUACGUAACUUUUCAAAAAUAGAAAUCGAAGUUCUAUUCUGCUGUUGGAUAUCAUAGAGAGCUUGUAAAUUGUAUCGAGUCAUUUCAGCAACAAUAGAAAUAGCACCACAGAUAUUGGAGCUCCUAAAGUCCUUGAGAGGGUCUACCUUUGAUCAAUCAAUUUGCUUAUAAUUAA